UUGACGGAACAUACACACCGACACACUCGUGGUGGUGAUCCGGACAGGAAUAUCUCGCUAAAGUUAAGACGUUAGGUGUCGAAAACAUUGUUUCAGAUAAUGCUUGAAAGUUUAAUGUUAAUAAAUUGAGAUAUUACCCAAUUUUGGGUCGAAUAUCGGAUGCCAACUUAAUGCAACUCCGAACCAGUAAAAUGCAGAGAAGCUAGUUAACUUGUGCCGUUAGUUAGCUAACGUUAUCUAUCUAAUUUAGUUACCAUCAACUACUAAACAUUCCCCUAUGUUUCAGAACAUUGGGCUAUCGAUCGUGCAUUUUUAUGGAAGAUUGGCUAUAAUUUUAUACUCGUCGACCAUUGCUUUUUGUUUAACAAGUUUCACGGCGUGUUAGCAACUGGCCAUCAACUCUUGUCUUUCGAGCUCCGUGGCUGGCUAACUAGCUACGCUAGUUAUCCAGCCUGCCACACUCCGUGCACUUCCCCCACUCACCUCAUUCUCCAGCCGGCAAGCCCGCUAUGUAAAAUGAGGCAAGCAUCAACCAUUUAACUGUGUAGACUGCUACAAAUAUGGAUUGUUUGGAUGUAUGAGGACACAACCAUCUCAUUGUAAGGCCUCUGUCAAGGAGAUCAGGAGAGGGGAUGGACGAGCAGAAAUCAAACUGCGAAGAAAAUGUCUCUGAACCGACAGCUGAUGACAGCGCCCCUAUGGAGCAGCCAAUCCCCUCAGAGGGGGAGUCAGAGGCCCCUCUGGCUGCAGAGGACAACUAUGAAACUGUUGCUGCCGCUUCCAGCACAGUCCAGGAGAACAGUGUAAGGGUAUGUGCUCUAUGUAACUGUGUGGAGCGCAGCCUGCACGGACAACGGGAACUCAGACAUUUUGGGCCAUUUUCCUCCCGGCCCGCCCUGGAGCCCUCCGCUUCCUCACUGCCAGGGCCCGGGAACGAUGACCUGUCUUCCAUCGGAUUCUCAGACUCUGACGCAUCCUGUCUGGCAGCACUCUUUGAUGACACAGGGGGCUGCUGGGUGCAUCACUGGUGUGCGGUGUGGUCAGAGGGAGUGAAGCAGGUGGAGGAGGCUGAGGAGGAGCUGGAGAAUGUGGACAAGGCCGUCAUCUCAGGGACACAGCGGCUGUGUGAAUAUUGCAAGCGUCUGGGUGCUACCAUCCGCUGCCAUGCUGAGGGCUGCUCACGGUUCUACCACUUCCCCUGCUCUGCUGCCAGCGGCUCCUUCCAGUCCACGAAGCAGCUGGCUCUCCUCUGUCCAGAGCACAUGGACAAGGCUGAGGAGAUGGCGGGUGAGGAGGCGUGGUGCGCUGUCUGUGAUUCUGCAGGGGAGCUGCUGAACCUGCUGUUCUGUACAGGCUGUGGGCAGCACUACCACGCCUCCUGUCUGGAGAUCAGCGCCACGCCCAUACAGAGAUCAGGGUGGCAGUGCCCAGAGUGUAAAGUGUGCCAGACAUGCAGGCAACCAGGGGAAGACUCCAUGAUGUUAGUAUGUGAUGCCUGUGAUAAGGGCUAUCACACCUUCUGUCUCCAGCCAGCCAUGACCUCUCUUCCCUCCGACACAUGGAAGUGCAGAAGGUGUCGGGUGUGUGUGGACUGUGGUGCUCAUGGUCUGACGCUGCCCGGCUCAACCCACUGGUUUGACAACUAUGCCGUGUGUGAGGGCUGCCAACGUACCCGCAGCUCUAUGUGUGGUGUCUGCAGCAAAGCCUCGGAACCACCAGUCAUGCUGCCACGCUGCAUCAGCUGCCUCAGGUGGGUUCACAGUGGAUGCUCCUCUAUAUCAGAGCCACCUGAGGAAAAGUGUAUCUGUUCGCUCUGCCGAGACAGAGAGCCUCCGGCAGACCCUGCCACACAGACAGACAUGGUGGAAAUGCAGAUGGCAGAGAAAGACGGGUCUGAGGUAACGAUAGAAGGACAGACGGACACAUUGGCUGAGAUGACACUCCAGACAGAAGCGGCGGGUGAAGUUACGAUAGAAGGACAGACGGGCGUGUCCAAGAUGACCGGGGUACAGACGAAGUCGGACGAGGAGGUGCCCAUGGAGCUGGGGACGGGGGCUGAAGUGGUAGAAACGGCAGGGGUAGAGGAGGGGCCUCAGCUGGGAACGGAGGAAGUCCCUGCAGAACAGCACAUGGUCCAGGCUGAGGUUACAGAACAAUGUGAAACAACAGAAAAACAGGAGGCUUCUAGUUUACCUGUGGCUGUUGUGGAUGAGAGGCCAGAGAAGGCUCCUAGCCCACCACCCCAGGUCAGCCAUGUCCCUGCCCUUGAGUCUCCGGAGUCACCAGAACAGCAACCACCACAGUGGCCAGAGCCAGCAGCAGUAGUAGAGCUAGGCCCUGUGCACAGAAAGGAGAAGAAUGGGGAGAACCAGGACGAGAAAGUCAAACCCUCAACACAGCAGCAGUCCAAACUGGAGGAGAAGAGAAGCAGUGAGGGCAUGUCUACCACCUCGCCAGAGUCACCAGCCCCUCCCAUCUCCACGCAAGAGGUGGAGCAUGUUUCCGUGGACACAGAUGAGGUGGGGCUAAAGGAGGAAGCCGCAAGGAACCCAAAGCAGGAGCGCUCAGGGUCUCCUCCUGCUCCACAUGCCGACACACAGGAGGCUGCUCCUUCUACUGUGGACAUGGAGGUCAGGGGUACUCACUCCGAGGAGGAGGAUGAGUUUGGAGAACAGGAGGAGCAGGGGAAGGAUGCAGACAGAGAGGGUCAACAUAGUCAUCACAGAAGGGUCAAGAUCAAGCAGGAACCCCAGGAGCAGAGGAAGCCUGAUCAGCUCCUCCUGGAUGAGAUGUCCAAUCAGAGCCAUCCGAGUCACGGGGACGAGAGCAGUUCUGGCUUCCUGGGCUCCCCGACCGAAGGGGAGGCAGAGCCCGAUGCACAGCUCUCCAUGGAGCUCAGCCUCAUACCCACCGAACGCUCGCGUUCCGACUCCCUGCUCACUGAGACGGACGAUUCACUGCCCUUUGACCCCCUCAAACCAGACGGGGAGAAGAAGAGGAGAGGCUCGCCGGGACGCUCCAGGGUCAAACAGGGGCGGGGCAGCAGCAGUUUCCCGGGGAAGCGGCGGCCUCGUGGUGGUGGUGGUGGUGGUGGCGGCGGCGGUGGAAGGGGCCGUGGCGGUAGGAACCGCCUCAAAGCAAUGGCCUCCUGCAUCGACGCGUUCCUGCUGAGCAUGACAGCAGCAGACACUGGACUGAGUAAAGAGGAGGAGGAGGGGGAGGAAGAUGAGGCUAUGCAGAACACAGUGGUGCUCUUCUCAAACACUGAUAAAUUUGUCCUGCUUCAGGACAUGUGUGUGGUGUGUGGCAGUUUUGGGAAGGGUGUGGAGGGGCAGCUUCUGGCGUGUGCUCAGUGUGCCCAGUGUUACCAUCCAUACUGUGUGAACAGCAAAAUGACUAAGAUGAUGCUGCGUAAGGGCUGGCGUUGUCUGGAAUGUAUCGUGUGUGAGGUGUGUGGCAAAGCCUCAGACCCGGCCCGCCUGCUGCUCUGUGACGACUGUGACGUCAGCUACCACACCUACUGCCUGGACCCACCCCUACACACUGUACCCAAGGGCGGGUGGAAGUGCAAAUGGUGUGUGUCCUGUAUGCAGUGUGGUGCUAGCAGCCCGGGGUUCCACUGUGAGUGGCAGAACAACUACACCCACUGUGGCCCCUGUGCCAGCCUGGUCACGUGCCCUGUCUGCAGGGAGAACUUCAUGGAGGAAGAGCUGCUGCUGCAGUGCCAACACUGUGACCGGUGGGUGCACGCUGUGUGUGAGAGUUUGUACACUGAGGACGAGGUGGAGCAGGCCUCUGAUGAGGGCUUUGCUUGCACAUCCUGCACUCCCUACGUCCCCAAACCCAUAGUAACGGUGGAUUCAACCUACAUGACAGCCAUGAAGAUCAAAGAACCAGAGCCUCAGUUCUACCGGUUGGAGGGGGUGUGGCUGACCGAGACGGGCAUGUCCCUGCUGCGAAGGAUUUCCAUGUCUCCCCUACACAAGAGACGGCAGCGGCGCUCUCGCCUGGGCAUGCUGUGUGGCGACGGAGGACCCGACAGCAUGGAGCUAAAGGACGGGGACGAGGGAAAAGGCUGUGGGGAGCCCAUGGAGUGUGAGCCAGGAGUUCUUGGUGUAAAACAGGAGCCUUCAGGGAGCCCAGACAGGGAGCUGGGAGCAGAGGGAGGUGCUGAGGGUAUGGAGGAAGGCCUCCUCAAAGGAGGAGUAGAGGAGACGGACGAGGGAAAGAAGAGGAAGAGGAAACCCUACAGACCAGGGAUCGGUGGCUUCAUGGUGCGUCAGAGAAAGUGUCACACACGGAUGAAGAAGGGUCUGUUCCCCCAUCUGUCUCAUCUGGCUGGAGACGGAACUGUUAUGACAGAAAGACCGAUAAGAGAGAAGCCUGCCCUAGAGGAAGGACCUCACCCAGACACACCUAUAGAGGGUGCCCCGGAGACUAAGCCAGCCGAUGGAGAAGGGGAGCAGGCCAAGAAACGACGAGGCAGGAAGAAGAGCAAACUGGAGGACAUGUUCCCAGCAUACCUGCAGGAGGCAUUCUUUGGGAAACAACUGAUGGACCUGAGUAAAAAGGCUCUCCUGGUUACCCCAGGACAGAGACAUCAUGGGGCCAUGGGUCUCCUACGUCCUCCACUGCCUCACGCACGGGGGGCCAGACCCACCGCUCCUGACACAGUGGAGGUCCGGGAGCGAGCGAUGGGAGCUGGGAUGCACCUGAAGCAGGAGGGGGGUGAGGGAUCACAGGCUCAGGUCGAGGGAUCAGUGUUGUCUUCAGCUGUCAAAGAUCAGGGCUCAACGGAUCCUCAAGGCUCCGAAAAGGAGAAAAAUGAAGGACUUCCUGAGGGCAUGGAGAGUCAGGACUCUGAGCAGUUCUUCAGGAAGGUCCUGGGGUCAUCAGAGGGAGUGUCUCUAGGAGGGUCCCUACAGAGCAGCAUGAGGCCCAUCCUAGAGGGAGGAAAGGGGGAGAUGAACUGCAGCAGUCUGCCACAGAGGAGCCUUCUCACAGGUAGAUCCCUGCCCUCCGCUGGUAUGAUGGACUCCUUCCCUGGACUUUCUCAGUCUCCCUUCUUUGACAUGCGCGAAAGGGGUGGCCUGUUCAGUCCAGAUGGUGGAGAGGAGAGCCCGUGGGCCAACCCCUCCACCCCAGCCACCCCCUCCACCCCUCCUACCCCGACCGAUGCAGAUGGAGACGGGCUGUCCUAUAACCAGCGCAGCCUCCAGCGCUGGGAGAAGGACGAGGAGCUAGGAGAGAUGUCCACCAUCUCCCCUGUACUCUACGCAAACACAAACUUCCCCACUCUCAGACGGGACUACCCAGACUGGUCCAGUCGCUGUAAACAGAUCAUGAAGAUCUGGAGGAAGAUUUCAGCUGCUGACAAGGUUCCUUUUCUGCAAAAGGCCAAAGACAAUCGAGCGGCUCAGCGGAUCAACAAGGCACAGAAGCAGGCAGAGAGCCAGGUGUGUCGGCCUAUCAAGACAGAGGGGGGUGGAGGUGGUGGUGUUCGGGUCAAAGGUGAACGUCCCAACCUGCACCUCCAGAUCCCCCCGCCCUCAGGUUCCGUCUCCACCUCCUCCCAACCCAGCUCGGCGGAGAGCCCCUUCCCUUUCCACCCUGACUCGGGAUCCUCUUCCACCUUCUUCCCUGACGGUCCUGUCAAGACCCCGGGCUCGGCAUCGGCAGAUAUGCGGACAGAUCCCUUUGCCAAGCUGCCUCCCCAGUCCCCCCACCCCUCCACCCCAUACUCCUCCCAUCAGACCGCCUCCAGCCCCAUGCAGGGCCAGGCCUCUUCCUCAGGUUACCCCCACCCCGGGCCACAGGCCCCUCAGGGACACCCGGCUAGCCUUGGCCCCUUCGACAUGCAGCCAGGGAAUCCCCGGCGGGCUCAGCAGGUCGACCCCUUCUUCAGGCCGCAGCAACAGCAGAUCCAGGGUCACCUGCCCCAGUCACAGCAGGGCUCUCAGGAGCACUUAGGCCCACCAGAAAGCCCUCGGUCCAGGGGUGGAGGGCCCGGGGACUCUCCUCUCUUCUCCCCGCCCCACACCACCCACUAUGGAGACCCGUUCCGAGGCCAGCAGCAGGGGAUGGGGCGUCCAGAAUACGGUUCCUCCCCCUCCCAGGUGUCCUCGCCUUCUGGGAUGGGACAUGGGCAGUACAGGGCUGAUAUGAGCGGGGGACCCUCUCCCCGCUCUUCCUCCACGGGACGCCAGGACCUGAGUAACACGGGCUCCCCUGCAGGGAUGCUGGACUCUGGCGAUGGCUUGUUUAAGGCUCCCAUGACACCACGGAUGCACCAAGGAGAGGGUGGGGUGGUACUCCAUCCCGGAGCCUCACCCAACCACCCCUCUGAGGGCUACCGCCAGUCCCCUUCCACCCCGUUCCAGGACCCCUAUGCCCAGCCUCCCCUCACCCCAAGGCCAUUGUCUGGGGACAGCUGCUCCCCCCUCCCCCAGCAGAGGCACCCCCAGACUCAGCAGGAGUCCUGCCCCAGGGUCCCCUCCAGCCCCCAGUCCCAGGGCAGCUCCCUCUCCCCCCUCACUCCUGGAGCCCCCUCCAACGACGCAUUCUCUGUCCAGUCCCCAGCUUCCACCUCCCGCUUCCAGUCCCCUGACCCCUACUCCCGCCCCCCCUCGCGCCCCCAAUCCAGGGACCCCUUCGCUGCUCUGCACAAGCCCCCCCGGCCCACCUCUGCUGCUCCCGAGGGCACCCCCAGCUUUAGAGGCUCACCUCACCCCAACCAGCCUCCCUCACUCCCCCCGUCGUCCACCCCUGUGGGUGACCCUCUCUCUGGGAAACCCUCUGGACCGCAUGGGUUCAGCCGGGGCCCCAACAUAGCCUAUCAAAUGGCCCAGCAACAUCAACAACUCCUCCAACAACAACAGCAACAACAACUCCUCCAACAACAACAGCAACAACUCCAGCAACAACUCCAACUCCAGCAACAACUCCAACAACAACAACUCCAACAACAGACUCAGACUAUAGGUGCCGACUUCCACUCCAGGAUGCCCCCCCUACAGGACCCCACAGCCCCCCGCCCCCCGGAGGCACCUCACCCCCCGGGGGCUAUGCCCGGUGCCCAGGAGAUGCCCGACAUGUCAGCAGUUCAGGAUCCUUCACUACUGGGCCUCAGCCCCUCUGAGUUGGAGAAGCACAGACAGCGACAGAAACUGAGGGAGUUUUUGAUCCGGCAGCAGAUGCAGCGAAACUCAAUCCGGCAGGAGAAAGAGGCCGCAGCAACCAGCAGUGCUGCCACCGGUUGGCCUGGAGGAGACAUGGCAGCCUAUCAGCAAGACAAAGCCCACCGUGCUCCACCACCCUACCCACAGGACCGUGCAGUUACUGCUGCUGGUGCCCAGGCAUCAUUGGCAGGGAAGAUGCCCCAUGCUGUGGGUCCCAUGGACGUUGGCUGUCCGCCACCCCCAGGGACCCCUGCCAUGUUGGACCCCAACCAGCUCAGACAACCAGGGCCACCCAACCACCAAGGCAUGUAUGGUCGUCCUCAGUUCCCUGGGCAGUGGCAGCAGGGCCCAGGUCCCCGUCACUUCCCUCAGCCUGGCAUGGAGGGUGUGGGCCCCAGGCACCACCUCAACGCUCCCCUCAACAUCCAGCAGGCCAUGCAGCAGGGUAUGGCUAACCCCCGUGGCCUGGUGCCUGGCCCUGGAGGGGAACCCAUGCAGCCAGGCAUGGACCCCGGAGGACCCCCACCACAGUUCAUCGAGCUAAGGCACAACUCCCAGAGGCUGCCCCUGGGGCCCCAGAUUCCCCAACGAGGUCCCCAGCAACGGCCCUGCCUCUACAUCCCCCAGCAGCAGGAAAUGGCCCCCAGCCAGUUUGUUCAGCAUCCAGUGCCUCAGGGUAUGGACCCUCAGACCGAUGGGGUCAGAGACUCACGGCUGGGGCUACAGCAGGGUAGUAUGGGUCUAUUAAUGCCACAGCAGAGCACUGGCUCUUCGCAGCAGCAACAACAACCCCAUCUCCAAUCCCAGACAGGCACUCCUCAGACCCCGAACACUCUCAGCUCUCACUCUGGGCAGCAGCACCAGACCUCCACAGAGACCCAGGCUGGAGCUCCAGGGGAAUCUAGUGUUGAUCUUCCCGAGCCCGACCUGGAGGACCCGUUUGCCCCCAAAGGGCUAGGAGAUGCCCCCGGGGAUGGAGGAGUGGAAGAUGAGGAUGACCUGGCUCUGGAUCUAGACCCUGAUAAGGGUGACGAUGACCUGGGUAAUCUUGACAACCUGGAAACCACGGACCCGCACCUAGAUGACUUACUCAACAGUGACGAGUUUGACCUGCUGGCUUAUACGGACCCCGAGCUGGACCAAGGGGACCCCAAGGAUGUGUUCUCGGACCAGCUGCGGUUGGUGGAAGCAGAGGGUGAAACUCCAGGUACCUCUGGGGCUCAGGACAACAAAGUGGAACAGAAACCAAAAGUUGAGCAAAACCCAACACCAAACACAGGGGGUUCCAUGUCCUCCUCAACUCUCCAUCCUUCCUCCUCUGAGUCUGCCGGCAUCUCCAGGAUAAAGCUGGAGCCAGGCCAAGCUGUGGUGAAGGAUGAGAUGGGAGAUGCUGUCUCCAUGCUCCUUCAAACAAACAAACCCUCCACUCAACCAGAGAACCAGGGUGCUUCACUGAGCUCCGUGCGGUUAGGAGGGCUCCCCUACCCUCUGCCGGGUCCGGCUGAUUCAUUAUCCUCCCUGGGGGAGGACCCCCUGGGGAUGCACGAAGGAGGGGGACAGCACUCCCCUGCCGUGGAUCUAGACAAAGUCGAGAGCUCCCUUGAAGCCAGUGAGCUUCCCUUGCUGAUCCAGGACCUGCUGGAGCACGAGAAGAAGGAGCUGCAGAAACAGCAGCAACAGCAGCAGCUCAGCUCCCUCCACCAGGGGGGUCCUGGACAUAUCAUGCUGCCCCAGCACCACUGCCCCUCACCCCAGAGCAUGAUGGGACUGCCAGGUAUGGUGCCACGCCCUCCACACCUUUUGCAGCAGCAAAGGCUCAUGGGACAACCCGGGAUAGCGCCGCAGCACAUGGCUGCCAUGGCUCAGCAACAAGGAGUGAUGAGGGGGGGGCAGCCAGGAGGCAUUCACCCAGGACUCAACCCUCAGCCGCAGCAGAUGGUCAAACAGUCAGCUCUGGCUAAUAACUUCUUCCCUGAUAAAGAUCUAGACAAGUUUGUGACGGACGACAUCAUGGAUCCCAUCGCCAAGGCGAAGAUGGUGGCACUGAAGGGCAUCAAGAGAGUUUUGGCACAGGACCCAAUGGGGGUUCCCUCUGGCAUCAACAGGCAACAGGUCUCUCUGUUGGCCCAGAGACUAGCUUCAGCACCAGGAACAGGAGACCCUCAGGGUCAACUCGCAUCUGGCCCAUCUAAGGAAGGGGAAUGCAGUGACCCAACACAAUCAAGACCCAACCCUCCCCAGUUUGUACAAGGGAUCAUCAACGAUGCAGAGCAGCACCAGUAUGAGGAGUGGCUCCUGCACACCCAGCAGCUGCUGCAGAUGCAGCUGAAGUUCCUGGAGGAGCAGAUCGGAGCUCACCGCAAGUCCCGCAAGGCUCUGUGUGCCAAGCAGCGCACUGCCAAGAAGGCAGGCCGCGAGUUCGCCGAGGCUGAUGCAGAGAAGCUCAAGCUGGUCACUGAGGAGCAAAGCAAGAUCCAGAAACAGCUGGACCAGGUACGAAAGCAGCAGAAGGAACACACCAACCUGAUUGCAGAGUACAGAAGCAAGCAGCAGCAGCACCAGCAGUGCUCUGGUCUCCUGGCCCCAGGGCCCUCUACCCAGGGGCCCCACAGUCUCUCCAAGAUGCCUGGGCAGAUGAUGGGCCAGCAAGGGGCUCCUGUGAUGAGCCAACCUCCAGGAAUCCCGCCCCAGGGAGGUAUGCCCGUCAGAAUACCCCCACAGGGGCAGCCAUUCCUAGGAGGAGGCCAGCACCUUGGAACUCUGGGUGUUAGACCCCCUGGUCCUCCUGGUGGUCCACCUGCAGCGUUCUUCCCCCAGGGUCCAGGAGGAGUCCAAGGGGCUGACCCAAGACUUCUCCAGGAGAGACAACACAGGAUGCAGAUGAUUCAGAAAUUACAACAGCAGCAGCAACAACAGGCGAUGAUGCAAGGCCAGCAGCCCAUACCACAUCCAGGUGGCCAAGCAGGUAUGUUGCCACAAUCACAGCCAGGCAUCAUGGGUAACCCUCUGAUGGGUCAACAACCAAACCUCCAACAGGGAAUGAUGCCCAACCAGGCCAUGUUGCCCCAGGUUACAGUACCAGGCCAGGCUGUGCCCCAGCCACCUCAGACCCUGAUGGGAGGGCAGCCUCUGAACCAGCCUUUAGGCAUGACGGGGGCCCAGACAGGUAUACAGCAGCAACAGAGACCUCAGGUCAUGAUGGGUGAGCAGGGAGUAGUGGGAUCCCCUCAGCUCCAUGGACUCAGAGGACCUGGCCAGGCCCAGCUCACACCUCAACAACAACAAAUCCUGGCUCAGCGCAUGUUGGCGCAGCAGCAACUGAAGCUACAGCAGCAGCAACAAGUGGCACAACAACAGCUCAUUCAACCACCACCACAGGGCUUCAUCAGCCAACCCAACCAGUCUCAAGACUCCCAUGGAGGACUCUCUCAACCUGCCACCCCAGGUCAAAUGGGCUCUUCUCCAGCUUCAGCAGGGGGGAGCACUCGUGUCACCCCUCAACCAGCUGAGGGGCUGCAGCAGGGGGAGGGUGGCAUCCUUAGUCCUAUCUCUAGGACCCCUCCACAGCAGGGUGGACCUGGACCUUCAAUCCCGGGCCAGAUGACCCAACCAGGGGCUUCUGGAGAGCAACAGGCGGCAGUAGGACAACAGCAGCAGUACAUGGCCCAGCAGCAGCAGCAGCAACCGGCAUUACAGCAACAACAACCUCCUCAAAAUACUCAAGCUGGACUUCAACAGCAAGCAGUUUACCAACAGGCUGGCAUGCAUCCCCAAGUACAACAGCAGCAGCAACAGCAGCUUCAUCAACAAACCUCUCUACAGCGACAGAGUUCCCUCAAUGCUGAUCCCUCAAAGUCUGGUUUGGUCACCGUCAAGCAGGAAGGACAGCAGAUGUGUUUCAUGGCCCAACAACAGCAACAGCAACAACGACAACAACAAUUACAACAACAUAAUCUUAUGCAGAAAGCCCAAGACCCAAUUGGACAACAGCAACAACAACAUGACAGUAUGGGCCAGAUGCAGAAUGUGAUAGGUCAACAGAACCACCCUGGUCAGCCUCAGCCUGUCCCUGGUAUGCCAGGCCACCCUAGUCCCCAGCAACAGGCCCUCAUGGCACAGCAGGCCCAGCAGCAAAAGCAGCAGGCCAUGAUGGGCAUGCUGAGAACCCAGCAGCAGGUCAUGAUGCCUGGCCAGAGGCCUGGAGGUCCACCGGGUCAGAUACGCACACCAGUCAACAUCCAGGCUAUCAUAGCCCAGAACCCCCAGCUCCGACACCUCACCCCCAACCAGCAGAUCCAGCACAUCCAGGCCAUGGUCCAACAGCGCCAGCUCCAACUGCAGCAACAACAACCGGGCCAGAUGAUGAGGCUCCAGGUGUGUCAGGGACAGUCAGGGCAGAUGAGGCCCCAGGGGCCCCCUGGUCUAGGGCAGCAGGUGGGACAGGUCCAGAGAAUGCCUGGAGGUCUGGAGGCCCAGCAGAUGCACUAUGGAGGAGCUCUGGGGAAACCAGGGGGAUUGGGCUCCCCGCAACAACCAGGGAUGAUAGCCCCCGGCCAACCACCGGGCGUGGUGACUCCUCAGAUGCAGCAGCAAGGGAUCAUGGGACCUGUAGUCCAACAGCAGCAGCCAGGAGCCUCGCCUCAGUACGCCUUGAGUGUCCAACAGCAGCAGAUGAUGCAGCAGCAGGCCCAACAACACCAGAUGAGAGGCCAGCUGCCCAUGACUCGCUCCCCCGUGGGUCAGGUACGUGGUGGGCCCCCCCAAGGCUGCCAGAUCAGGCCCAUGUCUCCCCAUCAGCCCCUGGCCAACUCCCCAGGAGACCCCCAGCGGCAUGCCAUGACACAGGGUUUGGGGAUGCGUCAACCCAACCCAAACCAAGUCAUGCAACACCAGCAACAACAGCUCCACAUGGCUCAAAAACGCUUCCAGGGCUCUCCCUCCCACGCAGGCUCCCCUGCAGGAUCCUCAAUCCAGAAACAGGAUUCUCCGUCUGUAACUGACGGGGCAGCUGGGAAAGGUAGUCCUUACAGUCAGAUCAAGCCCUCUCCUCUCAGGUCGCCUGGAGCAUCCAAGAGUCCCCUGGACUACCCUGGGCUUAAGGCCGAAAGUUGCGACACAACCCAGAGCCAAGUCCCCCCGAAUAGGCUUUCACCUCAGAAGGGUGAGAGUGGACCGAAGAGCCAACAGCAUCCACAACAGUGCUCAGUGAACCAGGGUGGUCCUCAACCUCCACCAGGCUCCAGAGAAGGAACUCUAUGUAAGAUGACCCUACAGAACAUCAAACAGGAGCCCAGGGAGUUGACCUGUGACGGGGAAGGAAGUAGUGGUCCUCACUCUGGGGCCAUCAAAAGGGAGGUGACUGGGGAGCCAGUUGGAGGGUUUGGUAACAAUGGUCCUGGACUAGGAGGGGACCCUGGAGCCCACGUCCCCAGGACUGAGACAGGACAACAGCUACUGCAGAAGCUCCUGAGGACCAAGAAUCUGCAGCUGGCCGCUCAGAGGCCCUCUGACGGCAUCCACAACGAGAUAAACGGACACAUCAACAGCAAGCUGGCCAUGCUGGAGCAGAAACUACAGGGGACUCCACGCAAUAUGGAGGAUCUGCAGUCCAUCACAAAGAGGGCUCCUGUUGCCAAGGUAAAGCGGUCCAACAAGCCUGGAGAACGAGCGCCCCAGUCCCGUAAGAAGAAGAAAGAGGAGGUUGGGAAGAGCACUGAGGCCCUGAUGAAACAACUGAAACAGGGUCUUUCUCUCCUUCCCCUGAUGGAGCCCUCCAUCACUGCCAGUCUGGACCUGUUCGCCCCCUUCGGCAGCAGCCCAGCCAACGGCAAGGCCCAGCUCAAGGGCUCCUUUGGAAAUGCGUUACUGGGAAACAUCCCAGACUACUACUCUCAGCUGCUCACCAAGAGUAACCUUAGUAAUCCACCGACACCCCCGUCUUCCCUGCCCCCCACACCACCCCCCUCGGUGCAGCACAAAUUGCUCAACGGGGCUACAGCUGUGGAGGAGCUGACUGAGGAACAGGAAACAGAGAACACAGAGGACACUAUGGAUUCUGUGACUGAGGAGGCGAAGAGUGUGGAUAUUUUAGCAGCGCUCCCCACCCCACCUCACAACCAGAACGAGGACAUCAGGAUGGAAAGUGACGAGGACAGCGACCCAGAUAGUAUCGUCCCAGCGUCCUCUCCUGAGUGUGACUUAGGUGACGAGGCGCUACGCUUCCCUCGCUUCCGAGAACCCAAAGAGGAGGAGACGGAGAGAACCAUCUCCCCUACCAUACCACUCAUCCCCCGCACUGCCAUCCCUGUGUUUCCAGAGAACAAGCUGUUUGAAGCAGCUGAUGGCAAGGCGGUGUCUACAACCAACCCCUGGGACAAAGCCAAGAGCAACGAGGUUGCUGUGACCUUAUCACUGUCCUCCGCUGCAGCCAAGAAUCUGAACCAUGUGAUGGUGGUGGUGGCUCAGCUGCUGCACAUACGGAUGCCUGGUUCCUAUGAGGUAGCUUUCUCUCCCAGCCCAGGCAGGGCAGGAGCCUCAGGACCAGGGAAAGAACCCGUACAACCAGGUGCCCUGUGUGUGAAGACUGGUGGUAUAGAAGGUAGUUCACCCAGCCAGAAUGCAGAGUGGCUGAGACAGUUUGAUAUUUCUCUGCCAGGCUGCACUCUGAAGAAACAGGUGGACAUCCUCUCACUCAUCAAACAGGAGUUGCCGGAGCAGGAGGACAAACCGGUUCAGCACUGUUAUACAACUAACGUGUCUGACCUGGAUGUACGCCACCUUCCCGUCAUCCCUGUUGAAGACUCUCCGCCCUCCUCUCCUUCUCCUCCACCUCCUGCCCCUGCUCUUACUAGUGAGCCUGAGACUGAGCCUCCAACCCAGCCAGCUUCCCCCUCCACCACCCAGCCAGCCUCCCCCUCCACCACCCAGCCAGCCUCCCCCUCCACCACCCAGCCAGCUUAUCCCUCUCAGUCAGCAUCUCCCGCUCAAGCUCCCUCCAGCCAUGCUCAGACCACCAUUCAGGUCAAAACAGAGCCUGCCACCACCACCAUUCAGGUCAAAACAGAGCCUUCCACCACCACUGUUCAGAUCAAAAUGGAGCCUGAUGCUGAGGCCAUCCUUCCUCCUCCUGAUGCUAGUGCUGAGGCAGACUAUGAUGCCAAGCCUGCUGACCAGCCAGCCCCCCAGCCCCAGGACAUCCCCACCUCCCCAACCCCUAGCCUGGAGGUGAUCUCCCCCAAGGUCAAACACCGCAGCAGGCCCCUCUCUCCCGACCCUGAGGAGAUGGUGGUCCGGCCCAAGGUGAAAAAGUGGAAGGGCCUCCGCUGGAAGCGUCUCCAGAUCGUCAUCACCAUCCGUAAAGGAGGCUCCAAGAAGGAGAGCAGCCGCGGGGUCUCAGAGCUCAUGGAGCGUCUCCGCAUCACCCUGAGGCCUGACAAGCUGCCUCGGGACAAACGCAAGUGCUGCUUCUGCCACGAGGAGGGCGAUGGCGCCACGGACGGCCCCGCCAGGCUCCUCAACAUCGAUGUGGACCUGUGGGUUCAUCUCAACUGCGCCCUGUGGAGCACGGAGGUGUACGAGACGCAGGGAGGCGCGCUGAUGAACGUAGAAAUGGCGUUGAGGCGCGGUCUCCGCACCCGCUGUGCCUGCUGCCAGAAGACGGGCGCCACCAACAGCUGCAACCGCCUGCGCUGCCCCAACGUCUACCACUUCACCUGCGGCAUCCGGGCCCGUUGCAUGUUCUUCAGGGACAAGACCAUGCUGUGCACCCAACACAAACUGAAAGGACCCAGCGAGGAGGAGCUGACGGGUUUUGCCGUGUUCCGCCGGGUCUACAUCGAGAGAGACGAGGUCAAGCAGAUCGCCAGUAUCUUACAACGCGGCGACCGCAUCCACCUGUUCCGCGUUGGGGGCCUCAUCUUCCACGCCGUAGGUCAGCUGCUGCCAUCUCAGAUGCAAGCCUUCCACUCCCCGACCGCCAUCUUCCCUGUGGGCUUUGAGGCUACCAGGAUCUACUGGAGCACGCGGGUGCCUAACCGCCGGUGUCGGUAUCGUUGUCGUAUCAGCGAGACGGAGGGAAGGCCGCUGUUCGAGGUACGGGUGCUGGAGCAUGGACAGGAGGACCUGCACUACCGCGACACCAGCCCAGAAGGUAUCUGGGACAGAGUGGUUCAGUCUGUAGCUAAGCUGAGAGAAGAGUCUGCCAUGCUGAAACUGUUUACUGAUCACGUGAAGGCAGAGGAGAUGUACGGCCUCACUGUCCACGCCGUGCUGCGCAUCACUGAGUCGUUGCCUGGAGUAGAGAACUGCCAGAACUAUGUGUUCCGUUAUGGUCGCCACCCUCUGAUGGAGCUGCCCCUCAUGAUCAACCCCACUGGCUGCGCCCGCUCCGAACCCAAGAUCCUCACACACUGCAAGAGUUCUGUGUCUCUCUCUCUUAGGCCUCACACCCUGAACAGUACGUCCAUGUCCAAGGCCUACCAGAGCACCUUCACUGGCGAGAUCAACACCCCCUACAGCAAGCAGUUUGUCCACUCCAAGUCCUCCCAGUACCGGCGUCUGAAGACAGAGUGGAAGAACAAUGUCUAUCUGGCCCGGUCCCAAAUCCAGGGCCUGGGGCUGUACGCUGCCAAGGACCUGGACAAACACACCAUGGUCAUCGAGUAUAUAGGAACCAUCAUCCGCAACGAGGUGGCCAACCGCCGCGAGAAGAUCUAUGAGGAACAGAACCGUGGGAUCUACAUGUUCCGCACCAACAACGAGCAUGUGAUCGAUGCCACUCUGACCGGUGGCCCUGCUCGCUAUGUCAACCACUCCUGUGCGCCCAACUGUGUUGCCGAGGUGGUGACGUUUGACAAAGAGGACAAGAUCAUCAUCAUCUCCAGUCGCAGGAUUCCCAAGGGAGAAGAGCUGACGUACGACUAUCAGUUUGACUUUGAGGACGAUCAGCACAAGAUCCCUUGCCACUGCGGAGCCUGGAAUUGCCGAAAGUGGAUGAACUAAACUAACUGGGAGAAAUGGAGAGGAAAAAAAUAUGGAUGGAAUGAGAGAGUUCCUCCUUUCUCCCGGGUGCCAGAACACUACUGCGCCAAAGCCUUUAGAAUAUUACUACUACUACUAUUACCCAGUUCAUAAGCUGUUCGUAAGCUGCUCAUAAGCUGUCGAACGAGGAGGGAAACUGACCUCCAAAACAAUAAAAUACUCAGACGUUUGCAUUCACACCUGUAGCCAAAGGUUUGAAGAGCAUUAUGGAUAUAAAAGCAAACAAACCACCUCUAUUGACAUCCAACCGAAUGAUGGAACAGUCUUUUUGUGGAUGAACUGUGUCCUCUGCCAAAAGCAACUCUUUCCUCUACCUACUGCUCCCCCUUCAGUAACUAUGGAUGGAAUACAAUCCUCUCCACAUCUACCAAAUGUUCAGAUUCUAUGUGAUAUCAAUACUCUUAGGGCAGACCUUACCUUGAGCUUUGAAGAAAGAAGACAUUUUAAGUACUAAGAAAUAACUAAUGCAUUUUGUUUUUAAAGGCAGACCUAUCCUCCUUCUGCACACCCCCCUUCCUACCCCCAAGGAAAAUACAAGUUCCCAUCGUCAUUGGUGAAGAUUGACUUCCCAACGUGGAUAUUAUUGGCUAGCUAGACAAUCCUGAAGACAGUGCCUCUGAGUAGAGAAGAACUAUGUAUCGUUGAGAGGCAGAAGAGAAAGAUGUCAGAUACUAUAAAAGUUGACCUGUGGCUCCAGAGGCACCAGACAGAAAGACAGGUGUUUUAUUAUUGUUCUGACUGACUAAAGGAGUUUAAAGGUGGGUUAGUUGGACCCUCAGUCUACCUCAUUAAUCUAGUGGGAAGUGACUGCUUACUUUGUAUAAAUACUGUUAACUGCUACUUGUGGAGGGGGGAGAGAAUGUUGUUUUCAUUAGGCUAAUAGUAUAUAGCCUUCUCGGACAAGCAGGGAAACUUUAACUAACAGCAGGUUUGUUCUCUGUUCUAUGCUGAUGAUCAUUUUACAAUAAUGAGCCAACAAUCCUAUUAUUAAUUAAUGAUGUAUACAGACAGAAGGAAUUAUAUGAUCGUUUAUUGGUUAAGCCAUCGCAUUAAUAUCAAUCACAAGCUUAACAGGUGUCUUUAAAUGACUCCUGAUAAUAUGUAUCGACUUUUAUUGUUUUUCCAUUCUCUGCGUGUGGGAAUUGACACAAUAACAGUCACCCAUGUGUUGCUGAGGACUGAGAGGGAGCGAUAUGUGUGAAUGAUUGUUGCUUACACAGCUUCAGUAUGUAAAGUGAAGCAGGAUCACACCGCUAAUUGAACAAGUCUUUGGCAAGACGAUCAAGUCCAACUAAUGAGUGAAGGAAAUGUAAUGUACACUUGCUGCUUAAUGCCUUUAAGUCACACAUUAAGCAGAAAGCUUGCUGGUAAUGAUGCAAGACUACUAUCCCAUUUGUUUUUCACCUUUUAGUCCUUCAAAUCCCAUCUGCAUUUUGAUCUUUUCUUUUCUCGAAUGACAUCAAUCAUGAAUCUAGCCUCUUCCUCUCUUUAUCAUGUAGUGGACUGUUGUAAACUUUACUGUAGUGGGUCUUUCUCUGCCUGGCCCUGCCUGUCUAACCACACCACAGCUAGGUGUAUUUAUAAAGGUCCCUGUAUUGUGGUUUUCUAGUGGUAGUACGGUGUUCUAUACUGGAGGCUUGAAGAAAUGGCAGGGGAAGACUUGUUUAAAAAAAAAAAGGGCAUUUUUCUUUUUUUAUGAAAGUAAAUAAAUCUUUAAAGAAAGUGUGUGGGGGUUCUGAAGUCUCCAUGACGACGUCUCCCUUCUACUUGUACUCCUCUACCUUGACCUCACGUAAGAAAAAUGCAAAAGUGUACAAACUGUAUAUUAUAUACUAUAGGGGGCAACAAACUAUCAACCCCUUUUUAAUCAAUAAAAAUCUAAAAUUGUAGAGAAAUAAAGUUGAUUUAAAAAAUCUACCACUGGAUAUCAUUUUAUGAGAGAUUAAGCUGUGUGUAUAUAUAUAUAAAUAGCGAACUAUGUAAUAUCUAUGUAUAUGAACCAGUGUUUUUGCAUUUACCUGUUUUUCUAUUAGCGUUUUUUGCUAUAAGAUGUCAGUUUCUUAAAAUAGGUAUGUGGACACGGCUGGUCUUCUCCAAUGACUUGGACGAGAAGCCACGGGGUCGAGAAAGUUGAUCCAUUAUGGAAAGUUGUUAUUACAUGAGAAAUCACUUCCUGUGUUAAAGGAGUACAACGGUGCAUUUAGUUUUUAUUUAUGCUACUGCUUGUCGUUUUACCAAAACCUAUCUAUACCUUGGUCAUCAUUGGAUUUAAAAUUAAAUGGAAAAUCUUCCUUGACAGAUAUUAGUUAUUAAAUAUGAUUGGUGUUUUAUUUUUAUCUUCCCUAUAGAAGUGAAUGUGUUUGUAUAUCUUGUGAAAACUGCUACUCGGCCUGUAUGUCAUGACUAAAUAUUCAAAGUGAACCCCGUACUUCCGUACCUGAGAAUGAAUUGCACUCUCAAUAGUAAAUUAAUGGAGUAAUUCUCUAAAAGUUGUAUGAGGCAGUGAUUGCUAUUUUUUUCUUGGUAUGUUUAUAUUUCAAGGAAAGACCAUGAGACAUUUUGCCACUCACUGGAUUUCAGCCUAAAUAAUUUCUUGAAUAUCUUAUGAUUUAAAUAAAGAUUGCAAAAAAAUGUUUUUUACCUAACCUUUUUAAAAAUGUUUGUUACAGCAGCGCUUUUAGGGAAUAUUAACAAAAGAAGUUUGUGGCAUGUGAAAGUUUAUGACAACUUUUUUUUUGACGACGGCAGAGGUUGCAUCUCUUUCAAUACAGAUUUCCCCAUUUCUUUCUCUGCUUUUUUUUUCUUGUAAAGGAAAAUAAAAUGCAUUUGAAAUAUAA